CAUCAGCAAGAACCAAGAGCCAGGUACGGCUACUACGAGAAUGGCAUCCUCCGCGUGACGAUCACCAGCCAUUCUACAUGGGAUACACGCGAGUAUAAGGAUGUUACUGAUCAGGAAGAUGAACUUUGCUGGCUCGUGACUCUGAAAGGAGCCACUCGCGACUCCGAAUCGUCCCAGGAUGACCAGCAGAAUGAAGGAGUGGGUACCGUACUGGUACUGCCUGGCAGGAAGAACCCGUUCGUUGGAUCCGUUUUUGAAGACCCCGAUCUAGAGGACGACACCAUGGAUACUUUUCAGUCUCCAGGCUUCUAUAUACCGUUCAGCAUCAAUCCGUUCAAUGGCUUCUUGACCGGUAUCAUGAAGAGACUGAGGGAACAGAUGUCUAGCAUAUUGUCCCGUAUUCCUGAAUCUGGUAUUGUCUCGCCCUGGGGCAAAAUUCCUGAGGGAGCAAACACUACAUCCACUACUAAGAUUGUAGACGGUCACGUAGUCACUAUUAAUGAAACGACUUACUCGAGUGGCAACGACAGUCAUGGUGCUGUUUUCCGAGUACGUAUAAUCGACGUGAAACCUCAGAACGAUACGUUGGAGACGGUUGGAGGCGAGGGUGAAGCGGAAGUCGUGACGACGGAAUCUUCGGAAUCUGAGAGUACGACUGCACAGACAGAGGACUCAUCUACCCCGGCGAGAAGUGUCGAGACCGUCGAAAAUGAUUUGAAUAAUGAAAUUCCAAAAUCUCAGAUUGAACUUCUGAACGCCUAAAAAUAAAGCGCGACAAAAAUUUUACGUAGACGCCUACGAUCGCGUCACUUGUAUGUUUAUUUUUUUAUUUACGUCGUUCUUUAGCGAUUAUAUAUAUAUUCUUCGUCGAGAUAAUAGUUUUAAAUACGACGAUGCAUUGGAACGUCCUGCGCGUUCUCAUGCAAGCACGAGGAACGGGUCUGAAGAAGUAUAUUUUAUAUAUUAACGUUAUUACAAGUUGUAAAGUAAUACCUCCUAAGGUUGUAUUAUCCUGCUUAUUUUGGCAUUUUAAAGAAAACGUGAGAUAUCUACUAUUUGUGGGGGAGUGCUUAAAUUGGAUGAUAGUCUGUUCAUAGUUUUCUAUUAUUCUUUUUCUCGUUUUUUAUAUCUUUUCUCAAAUGUGCACUUUAUCUCUUUAGGUUGUAUGCCAUUAAUGAUGUACGUAUGGGGAAGGUGGCGUAAGACGUCCCCAGUGGGACAAGAUAGGGACUACCCAUGAAAUUAAGUUGGUAGUAGUAGAGGCAAUAAUGAUAAGUAUUAUUUCCUCAAGACGCGCGAAUUUUAUUCCACGUUCCCUUACUAGGUCGUGAGAUUGAUAUGUAUUAUUUAUAUGAAUUAAGAUCUGUUUCACACUUUGUCACGAUUCUCACGUAAAUAAAUAGCGCAAAUCUAAGCAAGA